AAUUGUCAACGACACCGCCUCUAAUAGUGUGUUACUAAUUAGUUCAGCUGAUUUAAUUGUUUGAAGUGUAAUAAUUAUCUGCUAUUAACGAGAACGUUCGUGUUUGUGGAUCAUGCAGUGAGACUUUGUGUUUCGGAGGCGUUGUUCCAUCACCAUCAUCGUGGCUGUUUCUUUUCAUCACAAACUGGGUUAAUUGAUUAUUAAUUGGUUAUUUCCUAAUUUUAUGGGACAGAGGAAAUGAGUUUUUAUUCACCAACAAAUGGGUGAACAAUUUCCCUGAACUAUCUUCAAUUUACAUUUCUAACAUUCUACUGGUAAGUAGAAAAAAAAACCUAUCUACACUAUCUACACUGCAUUAUUCUCCACACUUUGUAUAUAAAUUAAAUCCCCCGUCGUAUCUGGGACAAGGAAUUGAGCCAUAAUAGAUUAUAUAUACUUAACAGACGUUUCUGAGCUUUUAAGAAUUCCAUUCCCCCAGGAAUUGAUAUGGAGAACAUUAAUUACUUGGACACUUCUAACACAAUUAUUUUCAACAAUAUAGAUACAGUAAUACAGACAGGCGGAGACGAAGAACCCGAGCAGAAAGUUUUUCCUGAAUAUCACAGUGAUAUUUAUAAGGAGGCGUUCUCCUCCGAACAGGAAGUCUUUUCACAUAAAGAAAUACACAGCAAGGAAAGACUUUAUCUCUGUGAAAUCUGCGGGAAGUCUUUCGUUUCAAACAGUAAUUUAAUAAAACAUAAACGGGUUCAUACUGGAGAAAAACCUUAUUACUGUGAAAUGUGCGGGAAAUCAUUCUCUAAUAAUUCCAACCUCGUUGUUCAUAUACGUUGUCACACCGGAGAGAAACCAUACAGUUGUGAAAUAUGCGGGAAGUAUUUUCUCAAGAACAGUUACUUAGCAAUACAUCAGAGGAUUCAUACGGGAGAGAAACCCUUCCACUGCGAAAUAUGUGGGGAAAAUUUUAGCCACGAUUCUAGUCUUGUCGUUCAUAAACGAAUUCAUACUGGGGAAAAGCCCUACCAUUGUGAAGUCUGCGGGAAAUAUUUCGUCUCGAACAGUCGCUUGACCAUCCACAAAAAAGUCCAUACCGGAGAAAAACGGUCUCACUGUGAAAUAUGCGGCAAGAAUUUUUCUGAUAAUUUUUGCCUUGAAGUUCACAUACGUAAUCACACGGGAGAGAAACCAUAUCAUUGUGAAAUAUGCGGCAAAUCUUUCGUCAGUAACACUCAGUUGACACGACACAGAAGAACUCAUACCGGGGAGAAACCAUAUCACUGUAAAAUUUGUGGGAGAUCGUUCUCUGAUAAUUCUCAUCUUGUUGUUCACAUACGCAGACACACCGGGGAGAAACCGUAUUCUUGUGAAAUAUGCGAAAAAUCUUUUGCCUCUAGCAGUGACUUAACAAAACAUAAUCGAAUUCACACUGGAGAGAAACCUUACAACUGCGAAGCAUGUUGGAAAUGCUUUGCUUCUAACAGUGACUUAGCAAAGCAUAGAAAAACGCAUUUUGCAAAAUAGAGCUGUUUUUGUUGAUAAAAUAUCUGAGAAUGCAUAGAGGCGGAAUUCUGGUUUGAGCACUCCAUAUAAUCCAUCAUUACUUAUAUAUUUCAUGGAAUUUUCAGAUAAGUUUUUCGAAUUUGUGUUCUACACACAGUAAUUCAUAUAAUUAUGUAAAAAAAUAAAAACAUUUGUAUGUGAUUUAAGGACAAUUCAAACUGUCAUUUUUAACACAUCCCACGACCACCAGAUACCUUCCUUGUUUCUUUGUCUCUCUGACAUGCAUUGAUGCUUUUCAAUAUUCUUCUCCCACUAAACACAUUUAAUGGAAUGAUGAUGUACCUAAGGGUGGCCCAUUGCUGGGAUUUGAACUGUCCAUAUUUUAAACUCUUCUGCCCAUAUAUUAAUUAUAAUCCCUCAUGUAAAUGUGAUCUCAAUAUUUCUGAUGAGGCAUCACCUUGUAGAUGUGGAAUCUGUGGAAAACUAUUCUCACUCAAAAUCUAUCAUGUUAAACAGAAGCAAGUGUAUCCAGGAUCUAAAUAUUGUGAUUUUGUUGAGGCCUUAAACAUUAAAAGUGAUACUUUUUUUAUUAUUGUUAUGUGAAUGAAUCUGAUCAACUUAAUUUUUAUACUGAUAUUACAGCAAUCAUUGUAAUUUGCAUGUUUACAGGUGCUCAAGACAAUCUGCUCUAGGGCAAAGACAGUUUAAUGGUGUGAUGCUUGGAUAAUGUUGAGUAUUUGAGUUACUAUGUUGAAGUUGGUUAAAAAGUAUUCAA